AUGUCUUUGAAAGUCAAGAAGAUGAGAGUACAGGUCAUGAAUGUCCUUCCGUACCAAUUCAGCCUGACGAAGAAGACGCUGCGCAAGACCAAGAUACGGAGCCCGGCAGUAAGCGCCACACGCGAACCCCUUCGUUGGAACAAGCUGUGGAGAUUCCGGUUCCCAAGCGGCAGAGUCAAAGAAUUUUGCUCAAAAAACAUGUCGGCGGUGGCACAAGUCGAGGACGACUUUGAGACAGCCUACGUUGUGGAUUCAGUGGGAGAUAUGCCGAAAACGUUUAAGUCGGCGAUGGAAUCCAACAACGCGGUCAAGUGGAAGGAAGCGUGCGACUCCGAAAUCGACUCCCUCCGCAAGAACAAGACAUGGCAGUUGGUGCAAUUACCUAAGGGUCGGAAAACUAUCGGAUGCAGAUGGGUGUUCCGCGUCAGAGAGAAUAGCAAUUCAGUCAGGUCGCCACAAUACCCAGGCUUGAAGUUGACCAAGGCCAUGUGCGAAGGAGGUUGCAAUCAUGCAGAAACGAUGGCAAAUUUUCCCUACCGGAACGCCUUAGGAUGCCUCAUUUACCUUAUGGUUGGCACCCGUCCCGACCUUGCAGCUGCAGUGGGAUUGCUCAUCCAGUUUGCCUCCGAUCCGUGUCCAACACACUGGCAAGCACUCAAGAGGGGUUUUCGACUGGGCCGGCGACAUAGAUUCAAGGCGCAGUACAAGUGGAUACACCUUCAUCAUGAACAACAGUUGCAUCAGCUGGAGGAGCAAGAAGCAACGAACGGUGGCACUAUCAUCACGGAAGCAGAGUCCAUGGCGCUAUCGGAGGCUACACAAUAA